AUGUCUUCUAAUAGAAACGAUUGCGAUGCGGUAUCAGUAGUCGUGGCUUUAGUAGUAUUUGCUCUGCCACUAACACACUUGGUGCCAGGUUUUUCAGUAUGGAAUGUUCUUCCAAAAGUCCGCAUAACGCGUUUUCAUAUCUUCGACUACUAUUUCUCGUGGCAACAGCUUAACUUCGCUGUGAUAACGGUGCUUGUACUUUUUUUCUGUUUCUACCUUGAAAUAAGGAAACGCGCAUUAGAUGAAAUGGUGGAAAAUGUGUUAACCGUGCGUCAAGCUACGGAUGUUGCGAUGAAGGAAGAAAGAGAUCGGCAGGCGGCGGCGGUGAAAGCGUGUGUGCAGCUCCUGGACACCUCUGCGGAACACUACGAGAACCUGACCCUUUUGCGAGAUGAGCUUCGCAAGAGGGAGAAAACGCUUCAUCAUCCUCCAAUUAUUGAGUUAUCUUCUUCUGAAAUGUAA